AACAGCAAGGCACCAAACGCACCCGGAGGAGCCCGAAGCAGCACGCAGACGGCAGACACACCAUUUCUUCUUCCCCCCCUUUUCCCCGUCUCCCUCCCCCCUCGACCUCGUCUCCGCGGACCGCAGCCGGCUGCCUCCGCCUCCCAAAGCCAAGGUCAAACCCCCGAGCACCCCAGCCCAAGGGAGCUAGAGAGAGGAGAAGGGGAGCCGAGACAGGCUCUCGGAUCCGAGCUGCUCCUUUCCUCCCGCGACCCCCUGUCACCGCCCAGAUCUCCAGCCGACGCGCCGGAUCUGCAGCCUGCCGCAAAGAUCCAAAUUUCCAAAGCGAGCAAAGAGGUCCGGUUGGUUCGGUUGUUAGUUGGCGAGGAGGAGGCGGAGGAGUAGCAGCCGGCCGAGAUGUCGUCCAGCACGAUCCGGAAGGCGCUGGGGGCGGUCAAGGACCAGACCAGCAUCGGGCUCGCCAAGGUCACCAGCAACAUCGCCCCGGAGCUCGACGUGCUCAUCGUCAAGACCACCAGCCACGACGACGAGCCGGCCGAGGAGCGCCACAUCCGCGAGAUCCUCCACCUCACCUCCGGAUCCCGCGCCCACGUCGCCGCCGCCGUCGCCGGGUGCUCCCGCAGGCUCUCCCGCACCCGCGACUACGUCGUCGCGCUCAAGUCGCUCAUGCUCGUGCACCGUCUCCUCACCGACGGCGACUCCUUCUUCCACCGGGAGCUCCUCCACGCCACGCGCCGAGGCACCCGCCUGCUCAACCUCUCCGACUUCCGUGACGAGGCGCACUCUGGAUCGUGGGACCACUCCGCCUUCGUCCGCACGUACGCGCUGUAUCUCGACCAGCGCCUUGAGUUCCUCCUCCACGAGCGCAAGCAGGGUGCCAACCCUAACGCUGCCCCCAGCCUCAAUGGGCCAUCGCCGCGUGACCGUUGGGGUUCACCUGACCCAUAUGGCCGGCGGUCACCUUCCUACACCUCCCCGGGAAACGGGUCUGGGUCAGGAUAUGGAGGAUACGAUGAUCACCGCGAGAGGAAUGGUGGAAACUCUGAUGACAAGAGGCCGCCGACCCCUGUGAGGGACAUGAAGCCGGAGCGUGUCCUCGGCCGUAUGCACCAUCUGCAGCAGCUGCUCGACAGGUUCCUGGCCUGCCGCCCCACAGGUGGUGCGAAGCAAAGCAGGAUGGUGCUGGUUGCGCUGUAUCAGAUGGUGAGGGAGAGCUUCCAGCUCUAUGCUGAUAUCUGCGAGGUACUCGCAGUGCUCCUGGACCGGUUCUUCGACAUGGAAUAUGCUGAUUGUGUGAAGGCCUUUGAGGCAUAUGCCAGCGCUGCAAAGCAGAUUGAUGAACUUUGUUCAUUCUAUGCUUGGUGUAAGGAUACUGGGGUGGCAAGGUCAUCUGAGUACCCAGAGGUGCAGCGUGUCACUGAUAAGUUGCUCGAGACAUUGGAGGAAUUUAUGAGGGACCGGGCAAAGCGUCCAAAGAGCCCACCACGCGAGCCUGAGCCUGAGCCCGUCAAGGAGGAAGAGCCUGAGCCGGACAUGAACAGCAUCAAGGCGCUUCCUGCGCCAGAGGAUUUUAAGGAGCCUGAACCUGUGAAGGUGGAGGAAGAGGUGAAGCCAGAACCCCCGCCAAAGCCCCAGGGUGAUUUGGUGGAUCUUAGAGAAGACACAGUUAGUGCAGAUGAGCAAGGUAAUAGGCUUGCUCUGGCUCUCUUCCAAGGGCCACCUGCUGGUGGUGGUAACAAUGGGUCAUGGGAGGCCUUCCCUUCCAAUGGUGGCAACGAGGUGACUUCUGCAUGGCAGAAUCCAGCGGCUGAACCUGGGAAGGCUGAUUGGGAACUCGCCCUUGUGGAGACAGCUAGUAACCUGUCAAAGCAAAAGGCCACAAUGACAGGUGGUAUGGAUCCUCUGCUACUGAAUGGUAUGUAUGACCAAGGUGUUGUGCGCCAGCAUGUCAAUGCACAGGCAACCACCGGGAGCUCCAGCAGUGUCGCCCUACCUGCACCGGGACAGAAAACACAGAUGCUGGCUCUUCCUGCACCAGACGGUUCAAUGCAGAAUGUUGGUGGAGAUCCAUUCGCGGCAUCCCUUACCUUUGCACCACCGUCCUAUGUGCAGAUGGCAGAGAUGGAGAAAAAGCAGCAGUUCUUGACACAGGAGCAGAUGAUGUGGCAGCAGUACCAAAGGGACGGCAUGCAGGGGCCAUCGAGCUUAGCCAAGCUCGAUCGGACCUACAACAAUGGUUUCGGUCCAAACCCAGCCAUGCCAUAUGGGAUGCCGAACCCCACACCGAUGGCUUACACUGCGAAUACCGGGUAUUACUACCCCACUUACUGAGCUAUUCUUUGUUCAUCCUUACAGUUGCUGUGAAUUUUGUUCUGUAUUUGUGAUCUUACACCCAGCCUUGGGGCUCUGUCCAGCAUCAGUUGUUGUUCCCCUCUCUGGAUCAAACCUUUUGGUCUCUUAUAUAUAUGUAAUUCUAUUUGUUUGGAACCAAAUGCGGCAUCUAAGGGUGGCUAUAGUUGAUUACAUAAUCUCAGCUGAAGUUCUUUCA